UAAGCACACGCUGUGAGUUUCCUUAUUUAUGUACGCUAGUUUAGAGUUUUCUUAUCAGAUUCGAGCGAACUCUACAAGGAUUAACAUGAACGUACAAGCCGUGAUGAUGUCUGUUUGCCGUUUCGCCUUACUGCUCACCCUUCUGUCAACUGUGCAAGCAGCAGAUAAUAAAUGGAAGAACUCCACGGCCCCGGGGAAUAUCAAAUUCAGGCUGUUCUCGGAACGUUGGGCAGACUUUGAGCAAAGAUGGUUGUAUAAUUUCACAGACCCCAUCUUUAGCAGAGUCCUUGAACCACUGGCCAACUCCAGUCCUUUCCUGAACGGCACUGCCACUGGAUGGCUGAUUGACGCGGCUGAACAAAUGUUGUUGAAUAAAGACCCCAAAGUGAGCACCAUGCUGACGCAGUUCGCUGACAAGGCUGUGAUUCAGCUUACAACGGCCCUGAAAGAAGCCUUACUUGAGGGUAUUCGUGGACUGAAUGAGGGGAUCAGAACGAUGGUGACAGGGACGGUCAACGACGUGAAAGAUGCCGCUGUCAAGCAUCUUGAAUCGAGCGUCAAGGAGCUAACGAAGAAGCUGAUGCCACAGCUACCAACUAUUCCAAAGCCAUCAAUUCCUGUGCCAAUCCCACAAAUUCCACUUCCAAAUACUUUUCCAAAACCUUGGAAGUUUUGA